UUCCUUUUCUUUUCGGUCAGUACUGCAGUGUAUAGUGCAUUUCACUUGGAUUUGCAAGGCUCCUGUAGCUGCAGUAGCAACAGUAAAGCCUGUGAAGGAAAAGAUUAGCCAUGGCGCAGGCCAAUCCAAUUGAAAUGGAUCCUGCACCCCAGUACCUAGCCGACAGAAUUGCUUUGUUUGAUCGCUUGAAAGCUGACUCUGAUGCGAAGCUUGCAGCGAAAUCUCCUGAGCCCAUCAAAGUCACUUUACCGGAUGGCCGAAUUAUGGAUGGCGAGAGCUGGAAAAGCACUCCUUACGAUAUCGCUGCCUUAAUCAGCAAAGGCCUUGCCGACAACUCUGUAGUAGCCAAAGUCAACGGAGAACUAUGGGAUUUGGACAGGCCGUUUGAAAGCGAUGCCACCUUGGAGCUGCUCAAGUUUGACGACAAGGAAGGCGAGCAGGUCUUUUGGCAUAGUAGUGCUCACAUGCUCGGAGAGGCAAUGGAACGCCACUAUGGUGGAUGCCUAUGCUAUGGUCCUCCGAUAAAGGACGGAUUCUUUUAUGACAUGCACAUGGGCAUCGAUCGGUCAGUUGUGGCUGGCGACUACUCCAAACUUGAUACCCUGGUCAAGAAGAUCUCAAAGGAGAAGCAGCCGUUUGUUCGCUUGGAGAUGACCAAGGCCGACCUGCUCGAGAUGUUCAAAUACAAUGAAUUCAAGUGCCGCAUCAUCAAUGAGCGCGUCACCACGCCGACUACCACGGUGUACCGUUGCGGUCCGCUCAUCGACUUGUGCCGCGGUCCUCACGUGCGUCACACGGGCAAAGUAAAAGCCAUGGCCAUCACCAAGAAUUCGUCGUCUCUCUGGGAAGGCAAGGCUGAGGCAGAGUCCCUGCAGCGCAUCUACGGUAUCUCGUUUCCGGACACAAAGCAGCUCAAGGAGUGGAAACACUUCCAGGAAGAGGCGGCGAAGAGAGACCACCGCAAGAUUGGACGGGAACAGGAGCUGUUCUUCUUCCACGAGCUCAGCCCUGGCAGCUGUUUCUUCUUUCCCAAGGGUGCCCACAUCUAUAACACACUGUGCGACUUCAUCCGUGCUGAGUACCGUCGCCGUGGCUUCCAAGAAGUCAUAUCACCCAACAUCUACAACAGCAAAUUGUAUGAGAAGUCGGGGCACUGGGACCACUACGCCAAGAACAUUUUCUCCUUUGAAGUGGAAAAGGAGACGUACGGCCUGAAGCCGAUGAACUGCCCGGGCCACUGUCUCAUGUUUGGCUUCCGUAGCCGAUCGUACCGCGAGCUGCCGCUGCGCUUUGCCGACUUUGGCGUGCUGCAUCGCAACGAGAUCUCCGGAGCUCUGUCGGGCUUGACGCGCGUACGCCGCUUCCAGCAGGACGAUGCCCACAUCUUCUGUAACAUGGAGCAGAUCGAGGAAGAGAUGAAGGGCUGCUUUGCUUUCCUGGAGCAUGUCUAUGGUGUGUUUGGCUUCACCUUUGACCUCUUCCUCUCUACACGCCCGGAAAAGUUCCUUGGCGAUCCGGCUGUAUGGGACCGCGCUGAGGACCAGCUCCGCAAGUCGCUUACUGAGUUCGUUGGCGACAAAUGGAAGCUGAACCCCGGCGAUGGUGCCUUCUACGGUCCCAAGGUCGACAUCAUUGUCAAGGAUGCGCUUCGACGGGAACACCAGUGUGCCACUAUUCAACUGGACUUCCAGCUGCCGGAACGCUUCAACUUGACGUACCAGGCGUCCGGCGAUGAAGAGAAGCGCCCAGUCAUCAUUCACCGUGCUAUCCUCGGCUCCCUCGAGCGCAUGAUUGCCAUCCUGACGGAGAACUUUGGCGGGAAAUGGCCCUUCUGGCUGUCGCCGCGACAAGUCACUGUCGUCCCAGUCAGCGGUCCCUUCAACGAGUAUGCACAGAAGGUUGCCGAUCGCUGCAAGGAAGAUGGGCUCUGUGCCGAGGCAGAUGUCGACGAUGAUACCAUGAACAAGAAGGUACGCAACGCCCAGCUCGCCCAGUUCAACUUCAUCCUGGUCGUUGGGCAGAAGGAACUGGACAACGGCACCGUGAAUGUACGCACGCGGGACAACAAAGUCCACGGAGAGUUCACCGUCGACGACUUCCUCACCCGAUGCCAGCAGCUCAAGUUCUCCAAGACGAACGAUUCCGACUCCGUCUUUUCCGCCUAAAUACCGCUUGGCCCCUGGGUGUUCUUCGGCGAGGUGUUCUUCGGCGCCCGAUCUUACUGUAGCCGUGAGUCACGAAAAGAGUGUGUGUAACGAUAUUUGUGUCAGACCAAGAAAUAUUGUUCAUUUCAUACAUGUACGUCAUAGUGCAUGAUGCAUGAUCUUUGUUUAUUUUUUACACUCUUUAGAGCAUAAAAGCUUGCGUACAUGUAUGUUCUCUGCACAUUAUGUACAUAGCAAGGCAUCAAUGGUGCCCCCAUCGCAUUUUGUCAAGUCCCAGUGACUUAUCAAGUGAAACUUGCCCUACUUGGAUAGUGGAGCCUACAUAUUCCCUGCUAGAUAUUGUUAGCCCUCUCGCUUAGGAUGAGCUUUCUUUUUUAUGGCAGCUUAAGCGAAGGCUAUAUACCUGCUUUAUGCAGGUUGAUGCCAACGCGAACAAGCAAAACAAUAAUAAUGAUAAGAUAUUGUUAAAAAAUGGAAAAAUGCCGAGUGGUCAGCCCAUUUUA